CAUGCGCAGUCCGAGCAACGCCGCAUCGAGAACGCGGACUUGGCUCGGCUGUUGUCGUUCGUGAUCACUCGUCCCGCGCCGGCGGCUGAUAGAGAGGUCCGCCGAGCUGCCCUCGAGGCGACGUCCGUCAGCGAACUCGUGAGCCUCCUUCGCGGUCAGCACCAACCUUCAAGUCAAGCUAGUGACGUCGCUGCACUGAGGGUCGAGCUGGAGUCUGCUCGGACUAUUAACGCUGACUUGACUCGGCGGCUGGAUUCACAGGCGGCUGUGAAGGCCGACCUCGAGGAACGGUUGAAGACUGUCGAGGAGGAGCGUGACCGAUGGAAAGCCGAGUCGAAGAAGUCGUUCCCUCUCCUGACCAGCUUCCGGAAGGCGAUGGCCGAGUCUGAAGCUUCCUUGAAGUCGGCCCGCAAGUCUCAGGAUGAUGAAGUGAAGUCGGCUCUCGCUCACGCCAAGGAUCUUGGCAGGCAGCUCAGGGAACGCGACUCGGAGAUUGAGCGUUUAACUCAGCUUCUUUCGGCUCGUGACGCCGAGUACGCUGUGCUCCAGGGGAUCUCGACCAAGCACUUCGAGCAACUGCAGGAGUCGGCUCGGCUACUCAUUUCUGGAGACGCCCAGCCUCUCCGUGAUGCCAAGGCUACCAUCAAACACCAGCGUGAGGUCAUCCUCCGGCAGAAGCGUGUCAUUUCUCGCAUGGGUCUUUUACCCAUGCACGAUCCUCACAUGGCUGCUGCAGCUGCAGCCGGGUUGGACGUGCCUGGGUUGAGCCCUGCUGACUUGCAGCUCAAUGCUCGGUUAUGCCGGAUCUUGGCUCAACGUUUCCCGGAGGUGAUGGACAUCCCGGCUGGAGAGACUCGUCGGGUCGAGUUGACCAUCCACCCGCGAGCGGACGGCACCGCUACUACUCCGCCAGCGCCCGUGAGCGCGGCUGGUUCUUUCCUUGGACAAUCAACCCGGCUGACUGGGUCUGAGGCUCCGGCCCCUCCAAGCGAGUCACCCGCAUCAUCUGCCGCCAAUCCUGUGUCGGCUGGUGCGGUUUCUACGCCCGUGUCCACUUCUGCUUCGCGCCGUCGCCGCAGCAAGUCGGUCGACCAGGUUCACCGGGCUCGGCUGGAUACUCUGACACCUGCCGAAAAAUUACUUCGCUACUCAAACCCGAAGUCAGCGACGGCGGCUGGUUCUCAGCGCAAGCCCAAGAAGCCACUCGAGCAGCCGUACGCGUGUCCACUUCCUGGUGAGGUCGUCCAUGAGGACGCGUUGGUCCAGCUUGAAAAGGCUGCCCAAGAGACUGACGCCGCUGCGACCUAUCGCUCCGGUCGAGCUUGA